AGUUAUUAACCGCAGUUAACACUCUUCGUUGUUUAGAUUCGGCUUUAACGUCAAAAUUGUUGUUACAAUGUCAUGAAACAUGGGAAUGGAGAAAACUAUCAUCAAAUUUUUAAAUAAACCAUUUUUAAUAUCUGUCCUUGCUUCUAUAUUUUUGGCUUAUCUUUAUCCACAAGUUGGUGCUAGAGGAGGUAUAUUGAAACCAGAAAUCACAGUGAAAUAUGGUGCCAUUUUUAUGAUAUUUUUUAUUAGUGGUAUAUCUUUACAAAGAAAGGAGUUAGUUGCUGCAGCAUGUCAGUUCCGAGUCCAUCUAUUCAUCCAAGUUUUUUCUUUGAUCUUCAUACCACUCAUUGUUCAAAUUUUUGUGGAACUAUUUGGGCAAUUAUAUCCGAAUUCUGACCUCUUCAUAGGAUUUGUGGCUGUCAGUUGCAUGCCGCCGCCAGUUUCAUCUGCUGUGCUUUUAACGAAAAAAGUCGGUGGGAAUGAGGCAGCAGCCGUUUUUAAUUCUGCUUUGGGAAGUUUUUUGGGUAUUUUCAUCACCCCAGCUCUGCUCUAUUUAUUUUUUAGAGGAUCGGGAGAUGUUCCUAUAUGGAGUGUCAUAUUCCAGUUAAGUUUAACUGUUGUGUUUCCUGUUUUAUUAGGCCAGUUUAUAAGGAUAGCCGUUGGUUAUCAUCUAUUAAAGCACAAAAAAUUAUUAUCUGUGAUAGGAAGUUUUUUGCUACUGCUUAUCAUUUACACCACAUUUUGUGACACCUUUUCAAACCAUGAAGAUGCAUUUACUUUAUCAACUGUCAUAAUAACAACUGUUACAGUUGUUUUGCUGCAGCUCAUUUUCCUUGCCUUAGCCUUUUGUGCAUCGACGUCUUCCUUUUUACACUUUUCUGCAGAAGAUGUCAUAGCCAUUUUAUACUGUUCCACCCAUAAAUCCCUUACUUUAGGUUUUCCAAUUCUUAAAGUAUUAUAUGCCAAUGAAGCUAGAUUUAUUUUGAUAUCAUUCCCGCUGCUUGUCUAUCAUCCAAUGCAGAUUUUAAUUGGAAGUUUUCUUGUGCCUUUAUUACAGAAAUGGAUGCAGAUGAAAACUAAGUACUUCAGCAAGUUACAUUUCGUGUAGAGUGCAAAAGACACACUGGAGAGAAAUUUCAAAAUCUCUAUUAUUUUUUUAUAUAUAUAUUGUACAUUGUGAAAGGUUUGAUAAAUUUUAUUCAUGAAAUCUAAUGGAUAACAUAUUGCAUUUUUGAAAGUUUCCAAGAUUAUAUCACAAAAAAUAUGCCAUUUAGUAUAAUUUUGUAUGUUUUAUAAUUAUUCAUCAUAUUAUUUAUAAAUGAGAUCUGAUAGUAAAUUUACCUUUUUGGUGCUUGGAAAUUUUGUAUCUUCAUUUUAUUGAUAAGUUUAUCCUAUGAAUAGAUUUCUUUUUCUUUACUGCAAAUUAGGUUUGCAUUGUUUUAAAUAUAUUGAGUAUUGUUUAUAAUGACUGCCAAAUGUCGAAGAUUUUGAAGCAUCAGAUAUUUCAAAAUGAUUACUAGUCGAGAUAUGUGCACAUUACUCUAUAAAUUUAAAAUGCCAAAUUUUUAAUAUCAACAGCAAUGUUAUUUGUUUUUAUUUUUUAUUAACCUCUGAUGGCCACCGAAUACAGUUAUUUUUUUAUAUUACUUUCUUAUUUAGUUGUAGAUAAAAAGGAGAAAAGCUAAAAGUUUAUUGAUCUCAAAUAUUAAUGAAGUGUCCCGACUUAUUCUCUUUUAGUACAUGUAACCAUAUAAGCUCUUACUAUAUGCAUCUUAUAAAAAAGCAUCUUAUAUAAAAGUCUUAUAAAAAAUUAUAUUAUAAAAUAGCCUUAAGGAUUGAUAUAUACAGGUUAUCCCCAAAAAUCGGAGCAACUUUAUUUCCUUAACUAUUGCAACAAAACAUAUAUUUCCAUUUCCAGAGUUUCCUCAAACAAGGUACCCAAAUGUAUGAAAAUACUUUUGCUUCAAUAGAGGAUACUAAUAAAAACUUACAAAACAUUUUUAUGCUCUUCUCAUAGAAAAAAAAGUAUUGAUGAGUAAAAUGUUUUCUUAUAUUUAUCUAUAAUGACACAAAGCUUCAUACUUGUAUCUGUAAAAAAUUUUGAGAUAUUAAAUGGCAAAAUAUGGCCUUUUAUCCAUACCUCUAACCCGUAUAUGAACACGUUUUUCAUUGUAAUUUUCACAUAUAAUAUAUAAAUCACAAAAAAUUAUUAAAAGAUUAGGAUCAGAAAAUAACGCAUUCUUCUAAAUCUAUACAAAAUUUUAUUUUUUAGCAAUAUGUGUGAAUAUGCGAAUGAGUUCAUUAUUUACGAUUUAAAGACAAGCUUUUUGAAUGUUUCGGCAAAGAUCUACAGAGAGUGGGGCCAAAGGUUAACUCAGUGUGCGAAACAUUAAUUGAAGGUUAAUAUCUCUCUUAAUUCAGACAUAGUGCAAAUGGAAACUAAUUGAAUAAAUCGGUAACCACUCAGUAUACUGUUGUACAAAAUGGGACUAAUAACGACUUUCUAAAAAUACUUCGCACAUUUAUUUAAAAAAUGCCACCAUGAUAAACUUCUUGUACGAAAGCAGCUUUUUACUUUUCUAAUAGUGAUCUUUUUGCAGAUUGAUGCUUCUUCCUCAUUUAAAUUGAUAUUCUUCCACCCAAAUUACAUUUUGCUGGAAAGAAGGAUUGAUUUUAUCUAAUAUUAAAAUUUUGGGCAUCAAUUGUCCAUGUAACUGUUGUAGCAAUCCUUGAAUUCCAUGCUUGGAUGCCAAUUAUUAAAUUAAAAUAUUCUCCACACUGCCGUUUUUGGAAUUUUGAGUUCUGAAAUCACUGUUCGUAUCCUAGCACGAGGGGAGUUUGAAAAAUAAGCCAAACUGUCCAUUUCUGUACCAUUUGCUAAACGUUCAUCAUCUUGUUUCUCUUCUGGGAAGCAAGGAUCCUGUAAUUUGUUAUCAUUCUGCAAGCACACUUCUUUUGAUGAUGUUGGGGGUCCAGAAGACGACGUUUGUAUUCUUCUACAACUGGGACAGUGUUAUAAUUAAAUACCACAUAAUUCGUCAGCAUUUCUAAAUGUUCCUUGUUAUUGAAAUAUGUCCUUCUUUUAGAAAGAGCACAAACGCGAACAGAAAAGUUUUAUUUUCUUGUUCGGUAUUCCAUUACUUCUCUGGAACAUUUUAAAUGUUCGCUUUCUAAAGUUCCUCUUUUUCUUAUAAAGCCGAAUUUGCAACUAACAACCUCAAAAUGAACAACAUUAUGCAUUAUUAGCGAAUCUGUUUUAAGCCAUGAUGAUUCGAUGAUAUAUUUAUUUGACAAAUAUCUGCAUAUGACAGUUUUUGUGCAUCGAAUAAAUUUGCAUUUCUAAAAUAAAUGUAUCUGUCCUAAUUUCUGAUAAAUUCCUCAACAUUUUAAAAUGAGCAUAUCUCUGCAAAUUUGUAGAUGGAAAUGUUAAACUUUGUGUGUGCACAGAUAAGUAUAAUGAAAAGUGUUCCUUAUAAAAAUGUUAAUUAAUACUUGUACACUUGGAGGGACAUAAAAAAAAUUUAAUUUCUUCAACUUUUUACUAUCAACCCAAAAGAAGCCUGUUUUCGUGUAAUUUCUCACCUUAUUUAAUGAAACUUUGUAACUGAAAGUAUAUACUUUAGUUCAAUAUUUAUGGAAAUAAAAGCUUUUUUCACUUUUUAAGACACCCUUUACAGACACCCUGUAAAAAAUUAGAAAGAAUUUAUAUCCUCCAGAUAAUUCUGUUAAAAAAAUCAAUAUAGCUAGCGUUUUGUGUAGAAAUUUGCUGUCAGUGCUUUUUAGGAGCAUAAUUAAUCAAAAAUUAUUCUAAAUUUGAAGAUUACAUUUAGCAAAUUAAUGCGCUUAAUCUUAAAAGAACUAGCUUAUUCAUAUACUUUUAUUUAAAAUACACAAGAUUUUCUUUCAUUAUACAUGAUGCGUGUGUGCGCGUACACAUGUUAAAAUUUGCAACUUAUUCUGUUAGAGGAAAAACUAAUUUAUCUAGAUUCACAAAAUUUGGAACUGAAAUCCUACUGUGUCCAUCAGAUUGGGUUAUUUAUUCAAAAUUUGGAUUUAUCUCACGCACGCAGACAAACGCACAAUGAUUCUUUAAAAUAAUUUUUUUUCUCUUUCCUUUACUUUCACUAUUUUAAAUUCAGAUUGAGAAAAAUUGAAUUGUAAUUUCAAUGAAUUUAGCAUUCUCGAGAACAUGCAAAAGCAUCUAAGACAUACUGAGGACUCUUUUAAAUAAUAUAAACGAGAAGAAAGAAGGCAGAAACAUUUCUUACAGAUUAAUUUCGAUUAAUAAUGCCUGUUGGCAUUUUUUAUUUUAUUGCCAUCUCUUGAAAUGUGCAUUAGCGGAUAUAGCGAUAGAUGGUUAAUAAUUUCGUCAAUUUUAUUAUCUUUUAAAAGCAUCUUUCAAAAAAAGAACGAAGAGAAUUAAAUAGACAUUCACUGCUGCAGAAAUGGGAGCAAAAAAUUGAUAUUUUCAAAGCAUUCUUAAGUCACAGCAUUAAAAAAAAAUUCUCAGUUCUUUUUAAUGCCUUCAAAUAGUAUUGAAAAUGGGAAGAUCACAUUGACAAAGUAUGCUUUAAACAGACCCUGUGUGAAAAAGUUCCAUACAAUCCCAAAUAAAUGAAACAGAAAAUUCAUCCAUUAAAAAAGCAAUUUUAUUUCAACUUGAAACUUGAUCUUAACGUGAGCCAACUUGAUACUAUAUUAACCUCUUCGUCGUCCGUGACGCGUUCAAGUAAAAUUGGUUGCAGGAUGCCUUAGCAUUCAAACGUUAUUCUACAUUUUAAAAAUUGUAAACGUUUAAAACGCUUUGUAAAUGUUUACUUGUUUGAGUUUUUAUUUUUGUUUGUUCUAAUGCGACGGAAAACAGAGGAAAAUUAGAAAUUUUCGCGGACAGGAGAGGAUGGCGAAAGGGUUAAACUUAAGUUUGUCUAGAAUAAAUCAAAAGUUUCUGAUUUAGGUUUCUGCAUAGGCAGAAUUACUUUCAUCCAAACCUAUCUUGGAACAUCUGAAUAGGCUCACACGAUAUAAUUUACAAAAGAAACAAAGUAGAUGUGGGAUGAAUCGACUCCGACUCCACUUCUUGAAGACGCAGAAAAUACUAUCCAACCGACGCCAUUUUCCUUCGCUUCUCGGUCGGGCACUCUGAAAAGUAUUUAUAAUUUGUGGAUCCAGGAGACUCGCGCAUUUGGGAAAAUUUAUACCUAUUUUUCUAACUGGACUAAGAAGCGAGAAUUCCUUUUGCAUUGGGCUUUCCCCGAUUUCAUCUUGAAAGCGAUUUUUUGGUGGAGCGAUGUGAGGCGGAAAUAAUUCACAAAAAUUAUUGUUUUCAGUUUUUAUGGAAAAUCAACGGAAUGUUCUAUUUUUGAUGUUAGUAGUAUAAUUUAUAUGAUCCAGAAAGCUUUCCGUGUCAUAAUGGAAGAUUAAAUCUCACUUUUAAGCUGGGGUGGGAUGAAGUUUUGUUCCAUACAAAAUUUCAUCUACAUGAAAAUAAUCCAUUAAGACUAUUAUACAUUAGACUUGAUGGAUUCCUUUAUAUCGUACAGAACAUCUUAUGGAAUUACACAACCAUUCAUCAAAGGCUUUUAAAUUGUUGUUUAAUAAGCGCUGCGUAUAAUAUUGAUAUAUAAUUUAAUUCAUCGAAGUAAAUGUAUCAGAAUCUUAUUUCUUUUAAUAGUUCAACGAACCAUGUAUGCUUU